AUGAACGCCGAGCUGCUCUUACCACCCACUGAGCCUCCUAAUGUGGCCUGUGCCAUAGACAAGCCAGUGAAGAGCAUCAGGUAUCUGGACAAAGAGAUCAUGAACCUCAAAAAGGACCUUAGACGGAGUUGCUUCCUGGUCCAGUGUGUGAAGAUGGGCCGUGGAUAUUUUAGCAUGUUACAAGAGGAAAAUGCAAUGAAAAAGAGACAACAGCAACUUCAGAAGCUGAUGGAAGAAGAAUUAAAUAAAUUCCAGCCAGCCAAGAAGCACUCGGAUAUCCAGUGCAGGGACACUGUGUUAACCACCUAUGAUGAAGAGAAGCUGGGGACUUGCAUCAUGUUCCAACCGUUCACUCCUGUCCACAGCUGCAUCAUUUCUACCUCACUGCCUGAGGCGCACAUUGAUCCCCUCUACCGUCAGCUCUGUGCACUCCACUGGCUUCUAGAGGCCCUGACCAUCGACCACACCCACCAUACCAUGAGGCCCGUGAUCGCCUGCUGGAAUCCCAAGGACCCAGGUGGCAGCAAAAGCACAAUCAAAAAGAUCAACAAGGACAAGUCCAUGGGACAGAGGUGGGACCACUUUGUCACGGCACCAAAGGCCAAGAAGUUGAAAAUCCCUGCCACGCGCACAGCCAGCCGCAAACCAAGCCGGCGAGGCUCCACUCUCAGUCUCUCUCGGACCAGUGGGGGGUCUUCCCCCCAGAGCAGCAUGAUCUCUGUGAACCCUGGCUCUGACGAACCUCCAAGUGUGGUCACCCAGGCCACUGGCAGCAAAGACAUUGAAGACAAUGAGUCAUCUUCAACGAAGACAGAUGAGGAACGUCUUCACCCCAAUCUGAAGAAGCUCCUGGAGAUGGUUAGAGAAGAUGCCCAAAGAACAAUCACAGUGGAAACUGAGAUGCAGAAGAAAGCUCCCAGCAUCAUGUCUAUGAUCAGGAAAACCAAGAGUGAUUCUGCCUCCAAGGAGUGGCAGACCACCCAUAAGUCCAGUGAGAGAUCCAGCACUGCAAGUGUAGAGAGUCACAUCCAAGUGAUCCAGAAGAAGUCUAAAGGCUGCACUAACCAGGACAUCACCCUCUGUAAGAGUGGGUUGUGCAGUACCAUGAGAGCCAAGUUUUACAGCAUCGCCCAGGAGGCUGGCUUCUGUCUACAAGACAAGAUGGAAAUCCUCAUGAAGCGUCAAGAAGAAAGGGGUAUCCAGAAGUUCCACGCUUUUUCACUCGUCUCAAAUUUGCAAAAGGAUUUAGCAAAGAUGAGACAUCAGAUCGCUGUGGUGAAAGGAGAUGCAGAAGAAACUUCAGACCAUUGGUACUUUGAUCUGUUGUCCAAACUCCCCGAGGAUCUGAAGAACUUUCACCCUGCCAAAAAGAUCCUGGUGAAACUACAGAAGUUUGGGGAGAAUCUGGACUUGAGGAUCCGACCCCAUGUCCUCCUGAAGGUGCUACAGGACCUGAGGCUCUGGGAACUGUGCUCUCCAGACAUAGCUGUGGCCAUCGAGUUUGUACGAGAACACAUCAUCCACAUGCCCCAAGAAGAUUAUAUAAACUGGCUACAGAACCGGGUCAACAUGCCCAUCCGGCCCCACACGGCCCUGAUAUAGUGGGAGCCUUCUCAGUGGACAAGAGCAAGCCAGCAUCAUGUUCCUCAGUCCUGCCCGCGCUGUUGCUUCCUGUCUACUCUCAUGGACGGGCAUCAUGGUGCAGUAAGAUCAUCUGGAAAGAUGGACUGGCUUCUAGAAGUAUUUUAAUCAGAGAUGCUAUUCCCAUAUGACCCUCCCCUCCCAUCAGGUUCCCAGUCUCUGUUCACUGUUCCACCUAAGUCUACCUGCUUCUCCAGAUUUCUUCACCCUAUGCCUUUCCAAAUUCCUGGAUAAUAAAAUUGAUCUGGA